GGGGGUGCUGGGCUCCGUCAUCGGCAAGCUCGCCACCCUGCUCGGCAACGAGCACAAGAUGAUCAAGCGGGUGCGCAAGGACAUCGCGUUCCUCGAGCGCGAGCUCCGCCGGAUGCAGAUCCUGGUGAACAUGCUGGCGGACAUGGAGGGGCUCGACGAGGUGGCCAGGGACUGGAAGGGCAACAUGCGCGACCUCAGCUACGACAUGGAAGAGUGCAUCGACCGCUUCAUGCUCCGCCUCGACAACGGCGAAGCAAAGGCCUGCUUCGCCAAGAGGACCGCGCGCCAGCUCAAGACCUUGUUCACGCGACAUGGUAUUGGGACCCAGAUUAAGGAGCUCAAGGCCCGCGUCAUGGAGGAGAGUGAACGGCGGCAGCGGCUGAAUCUCGACAACUACGUCCCAAACAUGUUUGUGGCGAUAGAUCCCCGGCUAGCUGCGUUCCACGGGGUGGCCAAGGGCUUGGUGGCCAUGGAUGGCCGCAGGGACGAGGUUAUCUCUUUGUUGAUGGAGAAGAGGGUGGAGCUGAAGGUGGUUGCCAUUGUUGGAUGUGGGGGGCUGGGAAAGACCACCCUUGCUAUGGAGGCCUAUCGCAAGACUGGAGGAGACUUCCAGUGUCAAGCUCAUGUGACGGUGUCACGCAUCCUUGAUCUCAAGAAGCUCUUAAAGGAUGUCCUGUCUCAGAUCGACCAAGAUACAUUCAGUAUAUGCAAGAGAUGGGACGAAGACCAACUAAUUCGUCAGAUCCAACACAUCAUGAGAAACAAGAGGUACUUACUUGUUAUUGAUGAUAUAUGGAAAGAACAAGACUGGGAAAUUAUCAGAGCGGUGUUUCCUAACAAUUAUGAUGGUAGCAGAAUAAUUGCUACUACCCGCAUUGCCAAGGUUGUCAAGUCAUGUUGUUCCAACUCUCAUGGUCAGCUCUACCAAAUGCAACCUCUGAAUGAUGUUGAUUCUGGGAGAUUGUUCUUUCAGAGAAUUUUCAACUCCGACAACUCUUGCCAUCCUCAACUAGAAGAGGUUUCAGCUAGGAUCCUAAAAAAAUGUGCUGGUGUGCCGUUGGCUAUAGUUACCACUGCGAGUUUGCUAGCCAAUUGAACAUAUAAAGGAUGAAGGAGUCCGGCUAUCUAGCGGCC